AGUAAUGUCCAGCUUCUCUACAGGAGGAUACAGAGUUCCUUUUUCAGGAUUGACAUAUCAACCCAACCAACCACUCUUGGCAGCCUACGGCCUGUUUCCUUCUGUGUGUCGGAGGCCUAAAUGUGACCGUGAAUGCCAGCUUUAUCAAUUCGGAAGGUAUGAUUUAUAAGUCCAGUGACUGCCGGAGUAGCACCUGUGAAGGCCUCGACCUACUCAGGACGAUUUCAGGGACCAAACAGAUGGGAUGUGUCCUCAUGGGGCCCACGUGUACCUAUUCCACCUUCCAGAUGUACCUUGACACAGAUUUGAAGUAUCCCAUGAUUUCAGCUGGAAGUUUUGGAUUGUCGUGUGACUACAAAGAAACUUUAACCAGGCUGAUGUCUCCAGCUAGGAAGUUGACGUACUUCUUGGUUGACUUUUGGAAGGUCAAUUAUUUUCCAUUCAAAACUUUUUCCUGGAACAGUACCUAUGUUUUCAAGAAUGGUACCGAGUCUGAGGACUGUUUCUGGUACCUCAAUGCUCUGGAGGCUGGAGUUUCCUAUUUUUCUCAGAACCUUAAAUUCAAGGGGACGCUGAGAAGGGAUGACGAGUUUCAGCGUAUCUUAAUGGGCCAGGACAGGGAAAGCAAUGUGAUUGUUAUGUGUGGUACACCAAACACCGUCAACAUCCUCAAGGGUGACCGAGCAGUGGCUGAAGACACUGUCAUUAUUCUAGUGGAUUUAUUCAAUGACCACUACUUCAUGGACAAUGUUACAGCCCCCGACUAUAUGAAAAAUGUUCUUGUUCUGACACUGCCUCCUGAAAAUCCUGUCUCAAAUAGCUCUUUCUCCAAGAAUUUAUCACUGACAAAUGAUUUCGCUGCUGCCUACUUUAAUGGAGUCUUGCUCUUUGGACACAUGUUGAAGAUAUUUCUUGAAAAUGGAGAAGAAGUUACCACCCCUAAAUUUGCUCAUGCUUUCAGGAACGUCACUUUUGAAGGGCGUGUGGGUCCAGUGACUUUGGAUGACUGUGGGGAUAUUGACAAUACUAUGUUGCUUCUGUACACCUCUGUGGACACCAACAAAUACAAGGUUCUUUUGACCUAUGACACCCGCAUAAACCAGACUAACCCGGUGGAUAAGAGGCCCACAUUCAUCUGGAAGAACCACAAACUUCCUAAAGAUAGACCAGGCAAGGGCCCUCAAAUGCUGCUGGUCGCUGUCUUCACUCUCACGGCGGCAGUGGCCCUGCUCCUGCUCGGCGCCCUCCUGGUGCUCAGAAAAUAUAAGAGAGACUAUGCACUUCGACAGAAAAAGUGGUUCCACAUUCCUCCCGAAAAUAUCUUUCCCCUGGAGUCCAGUGAGACCAACCAUGUUAGCCUAAAGAUCGAUGACGACAAGAGACGUGAUACAAUCCAGAGACUACGACAGUGCAAGUACGACAAAAAGCGAGUGAUUCUAAAGGAUCUCAAGCACAACGAUGGCAAUUUCACCGAGAAACAGAAGAUAGAAUUGAACAAGUUGCUGCAGAUUGACUAUUACAACCUAACCAAGUUCUACGGCACGGUGAAGCUUGAUUCCAUGAUCUUCGGGGUGAUCGAGUACUGCGAGAGAGGAUCCCUCCGGGAAGUUUUAAAUGACACAAUUUCCUAUCCUGAUGGUACAUUCAUGGAUUGGGAGUUUAAGAUCUCUGUCUUGUAUGACAUUGCUAAGGGGAUGUCAUAUCUGCACUCCAGUAAGACAGAAGUCCACGGUCGUCUGAAAUCCACCAACUGCGUGGUAGAUAGUAGAAUGGUGGUGAAGAUAACUGAUUUUGGCUGCAAUUCCAUUUUACCUCCAAGAAAAGACCUGUGGACUGCCCCGGAGCACCUGCGCCAAGCCAGCAUCUCGCAGAAAGGAGACGUGUACAGCUAUGGGAUCAUCGCCCAGGAGAUCAUCCUGCGGAGAGAAACCUUCUACACGCUCAGCUGUCGGGACCAGAAGGAGAAGAUUUUCAGAGUGGAGUAUUCCAACGGAGUGAAACCCUUCCGCCCUGAUCUGUUCCUGGAAACAGCAGAGGAAAAAGAGCUGGAAGUCUAUCUGCUUGUCAAAAACUGCUGGGAGGAAGAUCCAGAAAAGAGGCCAGACUUCAAGAAAAUCGAGAAUACACUGGCCAAGAUAUUUGGCCUUUUCCAUGACCAAAAAAAUGAAACUUACAUGGAUACCUUGAUCCGACGUCUGCAGCUAUAUUCCCGAAACCUGGAACAUCUGGUGGAAGAAAGGACACAGCUGUACAAGGCAGAGAGGGACAGGGCUGACAGGCUUAAUUUCAUGUUGCUCCCAAGGCUGGUGGUCAAGUCUCUGAAGGAGAAAGGCAUCGUGGAGCCUGAACUAUACGAGGAAGUUACAAUCUACUUCAGUGACAUUGUGGGGUUCACCACCAUCUGCAAGUAUAGCACCCCCAUGGAAGUGGUGGACAUGCUCAAUGACAUCUAUAAGAAUUUUGACCACAUUCUCGAUCACCACGACGUGUACAAGGUGGAAACCAUUGGUGAUGCCUACAUGGUGGCUAGUGGUUUGCCUAAGAGAAAUGGCAACCGACAUGCAAUUGACAUCGCCAAGAUGGCUUUGGACAUCCUCAGCUUCAUGGGGACCUUUGAGCUAGAGCAUCUUCCCGGCCUCCCAAUAUGGAUUCGCAUUGGAAUUCACUCUGGUCCCUGUGCUGCCGGAGUUGUGGGCAUCAAGAUGCCCCGUUAUUGCCUGUUCGGAGAUACAGUCAACACAGCCUCGCGGAUGGAAUCCACUGGCCUCCCCUUGAGAAUUCAUGUGAGCGGCUCCACGAUAUCCAUCCUGAAGAGAACGGAGUGCCAGUUCCUGUAUGAAGUGAGAGGGGAGACGUACUUAAAGGGAAGAGGAACUGAGACCACCUACUGGCUGACCGGGGGGAAGGACCAGGAGUACAACCUGCCAACCCCUCCAACCGCUUUGAUGGCAGCAGCGGGACUGAGGGAGACUUUCGACAGCUUCAAAGACAAGGAGAAACACAGGAGUGGUACCCUGUGACCUGUUUGAGUUCACUGUCUUUCUCACCGUUCCCAAGGCCCACGGAGUUUCCUGAUGGUUAUUGCUGAAGGGCGUCUUGAGAUCACAAUAAGAACCACAACAAUAACAUUGGUUAUUGAUAGGCUGAGACCAGCACACGACAAGGUCACUAAGAUAGAUGAAACCUCUGUGGACAAUGAAGGACGAGAACAGAAACUUGAGGUCCCCUGCCUAUAGAGGCGGGAAGCAGGAGGUCAAUGAAAAUGAGCGAAAGAAAAUAAGAGGUGGCCUCAUAAACACCAAAAAAGGAGGAUGUUUGAAAAUAGGGACCUGUCACCUGAGCCAGACACUGCAGGGGGCAAAUCGAAUCCAGAUUUACAUUAAACAAUCAAUGGUAUGGCAAUGAGUAGUAGACUUGGGAACUUCAAGAAGUUCCUGGAGAAUGGGGGAAGGGCUCACUCUCAGAUCAGAAAAGACUCCUGCCUGCCCUGAGACCUUGGUGUAUCCUUAAAAUCAUAAUUUAAGUUUUAGCAAAGAAUUCCUCCUACAGAAUGCAUGCCGACAAAGAGAAUUACAAAGCCGUGCUGCAGUGCUGGGUCUUUGGGACCGUCUGCUGACGUCCUCCCCUUUGCUCUAGACUUUGUGCCUCAGAGAAACCCCUAAUGACUACAUGUCAUGGAUAUUUGGGACCUGUCUUUGAUCAUUUAAACUAUGAUUACUGAAUCCACAAAUGGCGGAGGUCUUCUGUAUAUCAAAGGAAACCACUCUGGAGCCUCCUGAUUAAGAUCUAACAAGGGUUGGGUAAAGGCUUUUGCUACAAGCCCAACAAAUCUACCUGAGUCAGUGGUUCUUGGUCUUUAAUUAGAUUCCCAAGCCUUACUGUAGCAAUUCUGAUGUCAUAGAGACCAGGACUCUGUAUUUUUGAUAAGGAUCUCAGGGGAUUGUGAUGCUGGUGGUUGUUAGAACUGGUAUUUGUGAUAUAAUCAGAACUUUCCUAAUGUUUAUUAUUUUUUAAAAAAUGAUGCCCUGGGAGUUGUGUCUAAGUUUCUGUUUUCUUGCUACAAUUUCAAUCUUAGACUAGUGAUCAUUCUUUCCUAUGUCCUGUAGAGUUCUCUCUCUCUUUUUUUUUUUUAUACAAGGAACUGGAUUGUUUUAACUUGGCUCCAAAACCAAGGAGAGGAUUUUGAAGGAGGACACAGGGUGGCCCUGAGGACAAGGGAAAAAUCUUAGGUAUGAGCUCAAAGAUGCGUCUCUCAAGCAUGCAUGCCAUCAGCUCAGGGUCUAGCCCUUUCACCUAGCUCCCCUUGACUACCCAGUCGCCUGCCUCAUAACCAGGAUGAGGAUCCUCUGGACUAACCCCAGGUAUGAGGGCCCCGAAGGGCCAGAGCAGGAUUUACUCCACUGUCACACAGCCCUUUUCGACUUGGGUUCAUCAUCUAAACCACAGGAUGCAGAAAAUUAUUUGAGUGACUAUUUUCUUAAUUCCCCCAAAGAUGGUACAUAACUAACUCCGUUCUAGAUGCAUGAGAGAGGUUAACUCAUUACAUACAAAGGACGUCUUUGGCCCUUUAGGGCUAGAUUUUCUCAAGGAAUCCUGCUGAAAAAGUCUGGAAGAUAUCUGGGAUACAACCAUACUCACUCACCCUUGUUAGGCUUCUACACUCCUUAGAAGUGAGUCCUAAGAGAACACUUACCCCGACCCUGGCUCCCGGUGGAAAACUUCAACAGUCACUUAAUUGUUAUACAACUUCUAAUUGAAAUCAAACCAAUGUCUGUAAAUUGGCCCUUAUAUUAAAAUCCUUUUUUUUUUUUUUGGCCAUGCCACGCAGCAUGGGGGAUCUUAGUUCCCCUACCAGGGAUAGCACCUGUGACCCCUGCAGUGGAAGCGCAGAGUCUUAACCACCGCCAGGGAAGUCCCUAAAAGUCAUUUUUAAUUUGGCAAAGCAAUAUAUACUAGGUUCCAUUCCAUACAUAAAUAUAAAUAAUGUUGAAAAUGAAAUUGAUGUGGCCUACUUUAAAUGCCUUAGUAUACAUUGGAAGCUCCACCCCACAAGUUUGCUGAGAGAAACAUGCAUUAUAAAAGGCCGCAUCCCACAAGUUGUGAGAAGUAGCAUUUUCAGUAUCACGGAGUUCUAAGUAUUGUCAAAGUUCCCUUAUGAUUUCUUCUGUCAUCCAUGAAUUAUUUAAAUGUGUAUUUUAAAAUUUUUUUAAUGUUUGAGGGAGGUUUUUGUUACCUUUGUGUUAUUGAUUCUGAUUUAAUUUUAUUGUGAUCUAUUAAUUCUUUGUAAGUUGUGGAUACUUGCUUGAUAGCCUAGAACGUGUUCGAUUUCCAUAAAUGACUCUAGUGUGCUCGAAAAAUAAUGUGUGCAUUCUUUAUGCAAGAUAAAUAUUUUUGUUGCUGGCUCUGCCAACAGGAGGGGCAUUUAAAACUCCUACUAAAAAUAGUCCCUUCCUGUUUUUCAGUCCAAAUGGAAAAGAAAUUCCUUUCUGUGCAGCAGCAUGGCCCUUUCUACAUGCUUUUAAAUACACCCCUUUCCACUACCCUUCUUAGUGUUCCCUAUGGUCUUAACCUGUUCACAUCCAACACCAUCCAAGCUGCACUACUAUUAGCCGUUCCAGUGAAUGUGGGAGACAUUCAGUCUUUUUUAUCUCAUGCUACUUUUUUCUAACUUUCUAUUUCUUUAUUGCAUGAGUAGCACAUUUUUAUUCUAGAAAAUUUUGAAAUCACAGAUAAAGCAAAAAGAAAAUAAAGGACACCCAUGUUUUCACAUAGGUUUCUUUAUAUAGGAAAACCACUCCUAAUAUUUUAUAUAUACAUCCAUACUUAUGCAUCCACACUUAAUUAUUUUAUGUAAAUGGAUAAUAUGCAUAAUACUCUGAAUUUAUGUUAAUAUGAUUUAUCUAGCUCUCAAAGGUUCAGAGAUAUCCCACUUUCACAGCCAACGUGGCACUAAUAAUUUGGCAGGUAUAUGUUCCCUUGCUAAUUUCUUUCCCCUGAUGUCUCAACAUGACCUCAGCUUAUGAUGCUGCCUCAGCAGGUGGUAUUUGUGUCUAUUCCAAAAUACAUUCUGGUUAGAUGCUUAUCUGCCUAAGACCUACCCCUGUUUCCCGAGAUCUCAUCUUUCAAAUAACCGCAAUCAUGAGAAUUUUUAGAUCUAAGAAAUCACACAGAUUGAGGUUUUGAAGAAUCAGAACAGGAAAUUGAGUCCAUGUUCUGAACCAGGCAGCCGCCCACUCUAGCUAAUUCUUUUUGUUCUGACUUCAGGAGCUCAAGACAACUGCUUAGCCUGCCUAUAUGGAGCAUGUGUACCAGUCACGACAACAUGGGUAUUUCAGUUUGCACGAAUUUCCUAUCUCUUAUUAUAAAUGAAUGCAUUGUAGCUUUUACUUUCAUC